AUGGCUGAAGGAAUGAACUGUUCUGACCAUGGUAAAGAAUCAUCAUUAUGUGAAUCAUGCGUGAUGGGAAAGCAACACCGCACACCAUUCCCAAAAGACUUUAAUUCCCGACACCGAGCAAGUGAACUGCUUGAAAUCAUUCAUACAGAUGUCCGUGGUCCUAUGCAU